AUGCCUACACUCAGCUCGAAAAGUAGGCAGAACGCGUUGGAAGCGGCUGAGGAUGGAGGCAGUAACAGCGAUCCUGUCAAUACCACUGCCAAAAAGAUGUUGAAAUGCGUUGUGGUCGGCGAUGGAGCCGUGGGCAAAACCUGUUUGUUGAUGAGUUACGCGAAUGAUGCUUUUCCUGAGGAAUAUAUACCGACUGUGUUCGAUCACUACGCAG